AUUAUUUAAAUUUUGUUUUUUUUCCUGUUUUUAUCCCACACUCCAAUCCAUCUCUAUUGGAACCACCGUGACAGUUGAUUACAUAUAUGUGUGAUUGAUUGUUGUAUUCAAUCGAUUCAAGUGUUCGAUCCAGAGACAGUUAUUAUGGACGAUGAAUUGAGUGAUGGAAAAGGAACUAGUGAGGCAUUGAAUUCAGUCGAUGAGAGUGUGUCUGAGACUGUAAUCGUGAUAAGAUCGGAAGCAGAGCAAAGGGCUGAGAAUGGGAAUCCAAAUGAGAAUUCAAAUGACUCCAAACAAGAUAAAGACUAUUGCGCCAUUGAUGUCAAGUGUGGUAGUGAUGAUCGGAACGGUAAAUUUGAGCAGAAUAUGGGUGGAGAAAGGGUUUGCAGGAUUUGCCAUUUGAGUUCUGAUCCAUCAUCAUCACCAUCAUCAUCCAAAACACCAACAAGAACAAAAGCAACAAGAACAAGAACAACAGCAACUGAUAGUACUAUGAUUGCUACAAGCUCCUCAGCAGCAGCAGCAAGGGAUGGUUUGAAUUUGAUAGAGUUGGGUUGCGGAUGUAAAGAUGAGCUUGGGAUUGCGCAUGGCGAUUGUGCCAAGGCCUGGUUUACGUUCAAGGGAAAUAGACAGUGUGAAAUUUGUGGUGAGACUGCAAAAAAUGUAACAGGAACUGUGGAUGACAGAUUCAUGGAGAAGUGGAGUGAGUUGAGACCUACUGACGAUAAUGGUGUUACAAACUCGGCGGAUAGGGUUGGACAAAGAGGACGACGAUGUUGUAAUUUCUUGAUUAUUUGCACGUUAUGUGGUGUUUUGUUGUUCUGGUCUUUCCAUUAUAAGGAAAAAUUACAGUAAAAUGGGUUGAUGAAAAAAAAAAAAAUUAUU